CGCGCGCGCUCUGGCCUCGUGCACGCGCUGAAACGGGAGCGCGCAGGGCGCGCCGGGGUGAGGGGGAAGGGGGCGGGGUGGGGGCAGCCCUUUCCCAGGCGGUAGCGGGGGCGGCGUCGCUGUUGCCCUUUUAAGCCGCCGGGCCGCAGCCUCCUGCCGCUGGAGUCGGUUACAAAGGGAGCAGCCGCCCAGGCUGCCACACAGCUACCCGCCGAGGCUUCCGCGCCCCUCGCCAUUUUCCAGCCGCGCUCGACGAGGCGGAGCCGCGAGAGCGCGGCCCAGGCCGGCCCCGCGGGGGCUGUCGCGGCCGUGACGGCGACUCCGGGCCCGGCUCCCCUUCCGCGCCCCUCCCGCCGGAGAUGAGGGGAAGAUGUCUGUGUCAGGGCUCAAGGCCGAGCUGAAGUUCCUGGCGUCCCUCUUCGACAAGAACCACGAGCGAUUUCGCAUCGUCAGCUGGAAGCUGGACGAGCUGCACUGCCAGUUCCUGGUGCCGCAGCCAGGCAGCCCGCACUCGCCGCCGCCGCCACUCACGCUCCACUGCAACAUCACGGAAUCCUAUCCAUCUUCUUCACCAAUAUGGUUUGUGGACUCUGAUGACCCAAAUCUGACAUCAGUUCUGGAAGGUCUAGAAGAUACUGAGAACAACAAUUCGCUUCGUCAGCAAUUGAAGUGGUUGAUAUGUGAACUCUGCAGAUUAUAUAACCUUCCUAAGCACCUGGAUGUUGAGAUGCUAGAUCAACCACUACCCACGGGUCAGCCCUGUCAGAUUCAUUCUUUGUUUCAGAAUGGGACAACAGAAGAAGUGACUUCAGAAGAAGAGGAAGAAGAAGAAGAGAUGGCUGAAGAUAUAGAAGACUUAGAUCACUAUGAGAUGAAGGAAGAAGAGCCUAUUAGUGGGAAAAAGUCAGAGGAUGAAGGAAUUGAAAAAGAAAAUUUGGCAAUAUUAGAGAAAAUUAGGAAGACUCAAAGGCAAGACCAUUUAAAUGGUGCAGUGUCUGGGUCAGUGCAAGCUUCAGAUAGACUUAUGAAAGAGCUCAGGGACAUAUACAGAUCACAGAGUUAUAAAACAGGGAUUUAUUCAGUGGAACUCAUAAAUGACAGUUUAUAUGACUGGCAUGUUAAACUGCAGAAGGUUGACCCUGAUAGUCCUUUGCACAGUGAUCUUCAGAUCUUAAAAGAAAAAGAAGGCAUAGAAUAUAUUUUGCUUAACUUCUCUUUUAAGGAUAACUUUCCAUUUGAUCCUCCAUUUGUUCGAGUGGUGUUACCUGUUCUCUCAGGAGGGUAUGUAUUGGGUGGAGGAGCAUUAUGUAUGGAACUUCUCACAAAACAGGGCUGGAGCAGUGCCUACUCAAUAGAAUCAGUCAUCAUGCAAAUAAAUGCCACCUUAGUCAAAGGUAAAGCCAGAGUGCAGUUUGGAGCAAAUAAGAAUCAAUAUAAUCUAGCAAGAGCCCAACAAUCUUAUAAUUCCAUUGUACAGAUACAUGAGAAAAAUGGCUGGUACACCCCUCCAAAGGAAGAUGGCUAAAUAUGUUGACUGUUGUGUGUUUGGACUAAUGUUGCUUUAAAGAAAAUCUUAACCAAUAUGCAGACACAAGCUUUGAGUGCCCCUAUUACAGCAGUACUGAAGACGUUAGUUAAUAGAUAUUUUAGUGGAUAAUCUGUCAUCUGACAUCCAGUAUGAAGUUAACAGCCUUUGCAUUUUGCUCAUUUUAGAUAUCUUGGACUGAGUAGUGGGGCCUUUAUUGUAUUUCUCCUGAUAAAUACACAUACUGGCCACUCCUUAUCUCUUUUUCUUGAAAAAUGAACUUUUUAAAGCAGCCAAGUCAGCGUCAGGCUACCGAAGUUGAGGCUUUAGAGUACCUUUCCUAUAUUGAGCCCAUGGGUUACAAGGAUUUGCAAUAUAUUGUUCCAUUUACAGCCAAUACAAGUUUAAUCGAUGUUCAAUAUUGGUUUAGAAAAUUUUAAGGCCUUCUAAAUCAUAAUAGCUCUUUCAUGUCUAAAACCAUUUUAUGAUAUUGCCAAAAGGAUAGGAAACCUACUCAUUAAAUUGUUAAACUUUUUAAUGACUAUGUGAAGAUAUGAAUUGUUUCCUGAAGAUAAUACUCUUAAUUGAGUUACAUUGUACUUCUUAGGCAAAGCAGUGUAAAACUAUAUCAGUGAAGGCUUGCAAGUAGUGAUUUCCACUGGGGCAUCAGAGUCUUGCUGGGCUGAAUCUGCUGCUUGUUAGUUCAGUGUUUCUUGUGAACAAGAGCCACAGUAUAGAACUUAAAGUUAUUUAAAAUACUGUCAUCUUACGUUUCCAUUUUAUUAACGGGAUGUUGCAAUCAUUUGUAAACUAAUAAACUUAUAAAGUGAUUGGCACAAGACUCCUUGAGCAAAAGCUGCGCAGUUAAGUACAAAAAGAUACUUAAUUUGGAGACUCUUACAGUUAUUUUUGCCAUAGUCAAAACAAUGGCUUUUACAUUGAAAGAUUAAUAGAAACUCUACAUAUGUUAAUUUUUGAUAGAACCUGACUCAAAUCAAGAUACUCUCCAUUUUAUUGCCUUACCUGAAUCAGUCCUUUUUGGUUGGUAAUAGAUUUUUUUAAUACACCCAAGUUUGAUUUAAAAGUAAAUUCUAGUUAUUAAGCACUUUUAACAAGAAAUCCAGAAGCACAUUUUUCUGCACAAACCAGUUACAAAGUUCAAAAGUGUUUCUUAUGCAUUUGCUUUGAGAUUCAGUUUUUAACUUUGUAAACCACAUCUGAGAGACUUGUCAUUUCUGCAUUAUUGUGUGUGUUUAAUUUCUUUUGAUUCUAUUUUGGUUAAGAGAGCAGUAAAUUUUCUGGUAUUCUUGUUCACUUGGCUACAUUUGUAUAAAGUUCUCAUUGCCAGCUGCUCAGAUAACAAGUGACAAGGCAGAAUUCUUUAAAGCAGUAAAGUUCCUUAAGCCUAAGGCUAAAUCUUGAAUACAUUGUUGAAUUCUUUAAUAUCCUGAUGGCAAGCAGAUUGAUAGCUGCACAUUUGGCAUGCUUUGUUUUAUGGAUUUUAUUUUUAAUUGCAGAUUUAUUUGGCAAUGUAUAGUAAAUUUUGUAAACUUGCAUCAAGUUUAUGAAUAAACCAUUUAAAAAUUU